GAGAGGAUCACAAGUUAUUUCCAGACAGUACUGGUACCCCGUUUUAGAAAUAGCCAUUAAAAAAAAACCCACAUCCACUGCAAUUACCCCAGCCACAACACCGACAGAGUCAUUCAACUCAUCACCAGCAACAACUAUGUUGCCAACUUCAUUUUUCCCAACAACUGCACAAACAACCACUUCAGGGCCAUCAACAACCAAAACAACAAUGUCUACAAUUUCACUAGAGCCCCUAAAAACCAGCAUUCAAGCACAUAUCAGCAAACAGAAGACCACUCCAAGUGAAAUCUCAGAAACCACAACAGAGCUUCAAACUUCAGCACUAGGCAACAAGUGCAACUACAUUAACAUCAACAGGAGCAUCAUCAGCAUUGCCAACAACUGCUUGGGGCAUAACCACAGCCUAGCAGAGUCUGCUACUGCACCCAAAGCUUCAACCUUUGUAUCAGUGACAUCAGCAUUGCCAGCAACUGCACUGGGCUCAACCACAGCAGCAACUGUUAGCAAUGAACCAGAAUCAACCAAGACUACACUAGCUGAGGGUUCAUCUACUGUGUUACAUUCUGUGGCAGUAGAUACAGUGACAACAACAUCGAAAACAAGCUUAGCAGAGUCUGCUACUGCACCCAAAGCUUUGGCUCAUACCUCAGAAGUCUCCACCACUGUCGAAAGAGUGACACAAGAACCUACAACACAUGCUGACACUGGUUCUUCAUCAAUAGGAAUAUCUACAUUGAGAGCAUCUGGUACAACAGAAUCAACAUUUGCUCCCACUACAGCAGCACCAAAAACAGAGGGAUCAUCACCUUUACCUGAAACAGGUGAAGUAAAGACAACAACUGCAAGAACAUCCGGAACUACAGAAUCAUCUGCAGAAGCCCCAACAUUGUUGGUAGGAACAACAAGUGCAACUACUGCAGCAUCAGCAGGAGUGACAUCAGCAUUGCCAGCAACUGCACUGGGCUCAACCACAGCAACAACUGUUAGCAAUGAACCAGAAUCAACCAAGACUACACUAGCUGAGGGUUCAUCUACUGUGUUAUAUUCUGUGGCAGUAGAUACAGUCACAACAACAUUGACAACAAGCUUAGCAGAGUCUGCUACUGCACCCAAAGCUUCAACCUUGGUACCAGUGACAUCUCAAGUCACAACAGAACCCUCAUCAGCCCAAAAAGAAACUACAACAUUAAUGUCAGUGAAGCCAGUAACAGUGGCUCAUACCUCAGAAGUCUCCACCACUGUCGAAAGAGUGACACAAGAACCUACAACACAUUCUAACACUGGUUCUUCAUCAGCAGGAAUAACUACAUUGAGAGCAUCUGGUGUAACAGAAUCAACAUUUGCUCCCACUACUGCAGCACCAAAAACAGAGGGAUCAUCACCUUUACCUGAAACAGGUGAAGUAAAGACAACAACUGCAAGAACAUCCGGAACUACAGAAUCAUCUGCAGAAGCUCCAACAUUGUUGGUACGAACAACAAGUGCAACUACUGCAGUAUCAGCAGGAGUGACAUCAGCAUUGCCAUCAACUGCACCGGGCUCAACCACAACAGCAACUGUUAGCAAUGAACCAGAAUCAACCAAGACUACACUAGCUGAGGGUUCAUCUACUGUGUUACAUUCUGUGGCAGUAGAUACAGUCACAAAAACAUUGACAACAAGCUUAGCAGAGUCUGCUACUGCACCCAAAGCUUCAACCUUGGUACCAGUGACAUCUCAAGUCACAACAGAACCCUCAUCAGCCCAAAAAGAAACUACAACAUUAAUGUCAGUGAAGCCAGUAACAGUGGCUCAUACCUCAGAAGUCUCCACCACUGUCGAAAGAGUGACACAAGAACCUACAACACAUGCUAACACUGGUUCUUCAUCAGCAGGAAUAACUACAUUGAGAGCAUCUGGUACAACAGAAUCAACAUUUGCUUCCACUACAGCAGCACCAAAAACACAGGGAUCAUCACCUUUACCUGAAACAGUGUUGGUACGAACAACAAGUGCAACUACUGCAGCAUCAGCAGGAGUAAGCUCAGCAUUGCCAGCAACUACAGCAGGGACAACCACAGCAACAAUAACUACAACUGAAGAUGUAGUGACAAUGAAAACAGGCCUAGCAGAGUCUGCUACUGCACCCAAAGCUUCUACCUUGGUACCAGUGGCAUCAGCAUUGCCAGCAACUGCAUCAGGGACAACUACAGCAGCUACUGUUCGCCGUGAACCAGAAUCAACCAAGAACACACCAGCUGAGGUUUCAUCCCCUGUAUUACAUUCUGAAACAGUACAAACAAUGACAACCACAACAACAACAAUGAAGCCAGUAACAGUGCCUCAUACAUCAGAGGUCUCCACCACUGUCAAAAGAGUGAUACAAGAGCCUACAACUCAACCUGAAACUGGUUCUUUAUCAACAGGACAUACUACAUUGAACAAAUCUGCAUACACUUAA